CUUUGCUGCCUCCACAACACAGAACAGGAAGGAUGUCAGAAGGCAAAUUCAUGCCUUUAUAAAUGUAAUAUAUGUGUAGUACAGAUAGACCGUAAUUGAAGCUGAGAUCAACCAAUAAGCAGUCAUCUGCUACGACCAACAGCGAAUCAACGGAAGACGUUAGGACCUAUCGCUUUGUGCAUGGAGCAAAAUGUGUUGAUUCUUACUUUGAACUUCUGUUCUUCUGAUUCGUAUCCAUCUGUGGAACGAAAUGAGACGUUUUGUAUUUCUGACACAUGACCUGUGACCCCGAAACUUGCAAGGCAAAUGACGUUUGUUGUGGAUGGUGGAGAUUGUGGAAUUUUGCUUUUGCUGUUACAGAAAAUUGGUAGUUUCCACAUACGCAUACAUUUAAAUGGCCUUUUUUUAAAGUUGAAGAAAUAACGGAGAACUAAUUAUUACCCAGACAUAGGUGGCCCCUUUAAAGACAACAGCUCGUCAGCCUAUUGUAUUUAACCAUGUCCCAUCACAGUGAUGACAAUAUGCUUAUCGCAACCAGUGAUUCCUUUUGGGAGCCGGGGAACUAUAAAAAGACCACAAAGCGCAUUGAGGAUGGAUAUAAACUAUGCCAGGAACUAACAGCACUGAUCAAUGAAAGAGCAGAAAUAGAAAAGAAUUACGCAAAGUCAUUGAAAUCCUGGUCAAAAAAAUGGAAUGAUGCUAUAGAAAAGGGGCCGGAAUAUGGAACUACAGAAGCAGCUUGGAAAGGUGUUUUAGUUGAGGCUGAUAGGCGAUGUGACUUGCAUUCCAAAAUUAGGGACAAUCUGGUGAAUGAUGUUUUGAAUAAGAUUAAGCAAUGGCAGAAAGAUACUUAUCACAGGUCGAUGAUUCACAUAAAAGAAAAGAAGGACAUGGACGAUUCAUUCAAGAAAGCCCAGAAACCAUGGGCUAAGCUUUUACAGAAAGUAGAAAAAGCGAAAACAGACUAUCACACUGCAUGCAAAACAGAAAGGUCGGCCGCAAACCAAGAGCGAAAUGCUGCUGGGGAUACCUCACUAUCUGUAGAUCAGGUUAAGAAAAUGCAGGACAGAGUUCAGAAAUCGAAAGAAGAAGUACAAAAAGGUCGAGAAAAGUACGAAUCGGCCUUACACGAAAUCAAUCAGUACAACCCCAAAUACAUGGAAGAUAUGACGGUGGUGUUUGACAGAUGUCAAGAGAUGGAAGCACAACGACUAAACUUUUUCAAGGGGAUCCUUUUCGAGAUACACAAGUAUCUUAAUGUUUCUCAGGACCCGACGUUGAGCCAAAUCUACGAAGAGCUCUACCACACAAUCAACAACGCAGAUUACGAGAAAGACCUGAAAUGGUGGUCGAACAACUACGGCGUCAACAUGGCGAUGAAUUGGCCACAAUUCGAGGACUACACCGAGGAAUUUCGAGAUAUACACAAGGGGAAAUCAAAAGACUCGUCGCCAUCUGGGAUCACGCUGAUUAAUCAAAGACCAGUGGGAGAAGACUUGCAUGAUUACUCGAUAUCGACGAUACAGAAGUCUGAAAAGAAGGCUGCGGCUGCAGCGCCACCUACCGGCGCAUCGAACGCCUCUACGAAGUCAGCUGCAUCGACAACCUCACAAAGUGCGCGCCAAAAUGGCGUCAAGGACGGCACGGCAAAAGCAGAGGGAACGCCAAACGAGACGCCUCGAAUUACGAACGGUAGUCCAAGCAAAGCAAACGACUCGAAUCCAUUCGAAGAAGAAGAUUGGGAAGAAAAUGAUGCCUUAGUCGAUAACGGCGAACCUGGUGUACCUGUUAAAGCGUUAUAUGAUUAUGAAGGGGCGGAGAAUGACGAACUCAGUUUUAAAACAGGUAAGAAGAAUAGUGGUGAAAUUGAAUACGAGUAUAUACAUACCUUAAAUAUGAAUAUUCGAAAUGAAAAUAAUUUAAAUGCAGGCUCGUUCUAGUAAUCAUUUUCAAACGGCUUGCAGCCAUCGAAGUUGGUCAGUUAUGCGAAUUUUUAAAAGAAUAUUGCUCAUUUAUGUGUCAAACUGGAUUUGUUAACUGUUUCGAAUCAUCCACAACAGUAAAAAAUUAGUGGCCAAGUUAAAACAAAUUCUCAUAUAUUCGUGUAGAUUGAAACAAACACAAUGCGGCUGUCUUAAAAUGCAUCUUCUAGCAAACGUAUGCAACUGUGCAAAUAUCUAUAACCUAUUUUUGUCACUUCAAGUGAAAUCACGAACUAUCACGUAAACUCACGAGUUUUAAACUUGGAUGCAGGUUUCUGUUAAUCCAUCAAUUUGGAGUUGCAUGAUAUCUCAUGAGUUCACGUGACGUGACGAUAUUGCGAUUUCGCCUCAACACACAAAAACCAAUUAGUUUUUGUGUUGUUAAUUCUGUAUUUGUUAAAUGUUUUCGAUUUUUUUAUACAGGUGAGCGCAGAUUAGAAAGGUAACUUCAGUUUUCAUUAUUUAGCUGCUACCAAGCAUUCAUUUCUAUCAUUGUAGCUUAUUUUUUAAUGCUGAACUGGACUUUAGUGAUAAUGAUAGAAUAAGAAGCGUAUCUUACAAUCUCUUUGCUUGAUCUAUCAUAAUGUCUUAUCUAUUCAAGAGUUACCUUUCUGAGGUAUCUUUUAGUUUGGCUAGAUUCUUCGUAUCAGUUUAACUGAUUGAUAAUAGACUUUUUCAUAUCGCUAAUUUGAUAAGUAAACCAAUGUAAAACAAAAUAUCUAAAAUACGUUUUUGGUCUGACAUACGAGGAGAGAGGAUUGUGCAACAUCUUGUUUAUUUUAUUGAGAUAUCAAUGUGGCUAAAUAACGUUUAAAUAGUCUUUUUAUAAAACUACUUUCCAUUUUCCUUGGGACACCCUGUAUAAAAGAUACCCUUAUAUUUCAUUCCGCGGUUUUUGGCUAGUCACGCGGUAAAACUACCCUCAUCACUUUUAUACAUCAACCUCCCUCAUACGUAUGCACACUGCCUGUGUCUGCGCACAUUUGUUUGUGUAAGCUCGGAUAUAGGAGGUCUGUGGUUAAAAUUGAUGAGACUGGGCUUGGAGGGGAGACAGGGGAACAGCUGAUCCGCCUUUAUGAACUAGCACGAAUCACUUGACAUGGACGUACCAUUUUCAUUUUUAUUGAUCUUCAUAAUAUAAUACAGCAGUAGGUGGAAAUGCAACUAACGGACAAUACCGAUGGAUUUUGCCAAAGUUAUAUUUUAAGAAAGUGAAUUAAAGUAAUCAAUUCAUUUGUUCAGAAGCAGCUGCGAUAAGAUCGGUUUGCCCAGUGCGCUAUUUUCCUAUGGAACUUUCGCUCCGCACAUGGUUCAGAAUUGGUGACGUAACCGCAAAAAGUGUGGCAAGAACUAUACGUCAUUAUGACAGUUGACAUUUGCUGAGAAUAAGCCAACAAAUGAUAAUUCGGAUUUUGCCGGUCUAAUUCAGGCUAUAUUUUUUUUACUUCCACAGACUCAAUAAACAAGAUGUUUGCUGAGUCAUGAAAAAUGUUCAGUGCGGUAAUUUUGCAAUAUCUGGAUUAUUAUAUCUUAUACCCUAAUAGUAUCCAUUGAUAAAAUGAUGCACUCGUGCAUGCUCAUAUCCAGGCGUUGUACUAAUAACAUGUGUCUUAAAAGUUUUGGCACAAAAUAUUCAUCGUGAUAUUAUUUUGUGUUUAUUAAAAUUAAAGCAAAUGAAUUUUAUGCCAAAACCUUUAGGACAUACGUUACUUGAUAAUGUUGAUACAUUCUGAGACAUUUUAGGUGUGCGCGUUGAAAAUUAGCAAAAAUAAAACUUAGUAAUUGAGGAAUGUUUCUUCAAUUCUACGUAAUUGUUCAGUGGUUUUUCUCCAACAAUCACAAUUUUAUUCGAUACAGGAGACGUAUUCGAGAAGCUCGAAGACGAGGACGAGCAGGGCUGGUGUAAGGGAAGAAAAGACGGUAGGGUGGGACUCUACCCGGCCAACUACGUGGAAGUGGUGUCGUCCCACUAACGUCUCGCCACAACACGCGAAGAUGAGUCGAUUGUUAUUUUUUGAAAAGAGUGCACGUGAAAUUGACUGGCGGUGUUGAUCACCACAUGUCUUCGAGAAACUCUAGAUGCGUAUGUAGAUACGCGGGGUGAGAGGAAUCUGAGUCGAUUUGUGUGAAGGUACUGGGUAGAUAGCAUGCUUCUUUUUCAGUUUACACUUCACCAAACCAAUUUAAAUUAUUAAUAAUUUUAAUCUUCAUAUAAUCUAUUAUUAGCUAUUUAUAAAAGUGCAACUUGAAGAACCUAUGAACUAUGAACAUUACAUCUGGGUAUUGAGGAAUUGAUGUAAAAUUAACAUUUUAUGGACAUUUUAUUGACAUAUGAAGCAGUUAGCAAUGAGCUGCCAUUAACUGUUUGAAAUACAUAAAAUAUUGUGCUACAACUACAGCAAAUUGAUCUUAGCUAUGGUAACAAUACUCGGGGGCAUUUUUAAUUUCGCAUUCAGAAAUUGAAAGAUUCUCUAUUUUUGUAGUCAGCAUAAAAACAUUGUCUUAUAUAACGUCCAACUCAGAUUGCAGUAGUUAUUUCAAGUGUUGCCUUCCACAGUAACGGAGUCAAGUUGUAUGAAAGUUAUUUUUGUUAGCGUUUUUCUAGAAUCUAGAACUAUACAGCUAUCAUUGUCAGUCGACCUCCGGCAAACAGCAAUUUUGUGUGGUUGACUGAUUGUAAUAAAUCCGACUUUAUCUGCAAUACUGCGGUGAUGUGUACUUUAUCAGUAGGACUUCCAGGCGUUGUUACUUUUCUGUCCACGGAUUUCUUGAAGAGUAAUAUUUUUUUCCUUGAGGCUUGAUGUUUCUUGGACACAAUGGAUUUCUUCUUGGAACAAUGAUGCUUCCUUGAGGAACACUCAAUGGAGGAAUUAAAUUUUCAUUUCACAGUUGGCUGUAACAGUUGUCAUCACAAGCUGCCAUCGAUGUCAGAGGGACUUUUCUUUGCUGGGUGUAUCUAUUUGGCAUUUUGAUUAUAAAAUUUGGAUGGUUUGGUGUUUUGGGCUAAAUAUCAAUAUCGCAAAGUCAUAAUGUUUACAUCCUCGAAUUACAGUUCAAUCACAGAGAAGUAACGAACUGAAUAUAGGCAAUCAGUUGCAGUUGCACCAACGUUCUUUUCUGGUUGCAGAUUAUAAAUUACAUAUGCCCAAUUCAACUGCUAAGGUAUUGCACAAAAAAACAUUUUAUACGUGAAUUUUGUUAUUAUCAAUAAAAAAACAGUUUAUCGAGGAGAGUAAGCAUUUAAUCGAGGUACUAGACAGACAUAAAGGGAUCUCUAAGAAUAAAAAAGAUAGCAGCAGUAGAACAGUUCUGUGUUACUGGUUGCUCCUAUUCAGUUUUUCACUUCACUGUGAUUGCGCUGUAAUUCGGGGAAGCAAACACAUUAUUAUUUUGCAAUUGAAAAAAUCUUUCUGACGUCGAUGACAGCUUGUGAUGACAGCUGAGUCAUUGUUUCACUGUUUCCAAGGAAGUCUCAAGGAAUGUCUCUUAAUCUAACCCUAAAUAAAGUAUGCUGAUGAGCGUGAUCGAUGGACUACGAGAACUAUCCAUAUUUAUUUGUUGCUUGAAAACGUAACGUAGUGAUAUAGAAGGGUCCCUUAUUUAUUUUUACGUCCACUAUUGCUUUACUUACCCUAUAUCCGAUCGUAGUUAAGUUUUUGAGUCCGCAGCGCUACGCACCUUGGUCAUUGUUUGCAUGCCGUGGGCCCUAGAUACAUAGGUAACUAUUCUCGCGCGGUUUUAGAGAACUGUUACCUCAAAAAAAUAUGAUCCCUCUUUCUCUAUUUGACUAUAUAGAUAAUUGGAGAUGGACAGGAUGUUUCCGAAAUUGAAUGUCAUGAUAUUAAAUAUUACUUAUAUCGUGAUUUUAUUCUGAAUCUAAAUCCCUUGAAGCGGUGUGACUGAAACAUGCAAAUAAUAUAAUGUCAAACAAAUCCUCUAUUUGUUCUAUCCAGAACUUUCGUACAUAUCAGCUAGUUUUAUUCACCCUGUAGAGCUAUUGCUCACCCAAUCUGAUUCUAGAUAUAUGUUGUGUAAAUGAUAUUAAGGGUAGCUGUUAAUUUAUGGAUAAUUAUUAUGUAUACAUAGAGUGGUUUCAGUGAAAAAACGUGCAUUUUAGGGAGUUUCUAGAGCUCCAUGAUGAACCAACAACUUGUAAUUUUUAGAGUUUCUAUCGAAUUGAUUAUUGGAAAUGCUCGAUGAAUUUCGAUGUGAACAUAAAGCACCGAAUAACAAUGAGAAUAUUCGGUUUUUUGAGAUAAUUGAUUUUCCAAAGAUGUGACUACAAUGGACCUAAUGAUUCAAGAACACUGCCAUAGAACCUAGAAGUCUAUAAAUAUGAAAUACAAUUACUGAUGUGUUCCAGAAUAUUUUCAAUUAGUCAAUCUUCCAAAAAAACGAAUGGUUAUAUAGCAAUAAUAUACAAAUUGGUUCAAGAUUUCAACAUGCUAGCACUGUACUUAACAGAUAGACUGAUGAAUAUGAAUCUACUGUAAGGCCUAUACAUAUACAGGGUGUUUUCAUUCAAACAAAUUAUAAACUUAUAUUUUAUGUAUCACUUUUGAAGUCGAGGAAAGUGGCUUGAAGUCUUGAACUUGUAAUAUUUCUGUAUAAAUGACAGAUUCAUUAAUGACCAACGGUAUUAGAUGUGGAAAAUGAUUUAUCUCUGACAGCAAAUUAACUCUAGAAGUGUAUCAAUUGAGGUACUCAAGACCAGGUAGGUGCCCAAUUUGCAUUUGAACUGCCAUAUCGUAUGGGAAACACUGUAAGUAUAUUUUGGCUCUAAUAACUUUUUAUCGAAUAAAUUACGCGUUUAUUAAUAUUUGUAGAUAAAGAAGUGUUGUCUCUCGUACUACUUAUAACAUUUCUAUUGAUCAUUCGGUAGAAACUACUUAUGAAGUUAAAUGUAACUACUACUUGCCAAACUAGAGUUGAUGCAAUCACUGUUUACUAUGUAGCAACUUUUUUAACAGAGUAUUGAAAAGUACCUGUGCUUACAAAUCCACGUAAAAAAUGUACACACCCACACUCACAUUGGAGAUGGACGACAAGUUUGAAAGAAUAUGCGUUCAACUCCAUAUGGGGAUAUUGUAAAAUUGAUUCACACCUCAAAAAGUCUUCCAACUAAACUGAUUGUUUUUGAACGUAGAUAUUUCAUAUAGAGAUAUUUAUCUUGAAAACAUCCACCGUAAAUCGUAAUUCAACUAGGCAAAUUAUCACACAAUAUUGAUAUGACAGAAGAGUUCUUUCGAUUUUGUCUUGCAUCUCUCGAAACCGAAACAGCACUAAAAGGAGUAUCACAAGUAAAUUAUGUAAAACAAUUGUUACUGUUGUUGAUGGAAAUUGAAAACAUGUUGUUUUUAAGAAUGCUGAUAGUAUUUUGGACCACUGUUGGUGCUUAGUAAUUCCACGACAUAGGAAUUUAAUGGAGAUAGAUAUUAUGGUAGUUUGUGAAAUAUCAGUGAUAGAUAAUGCAAGUUAUCAAAUAAGUAUCAGUCUUCGAUUGACAGUGGUGUAGGUUGAUCGAAGACAUCAGAUAUUAAUAUCUAAGAUAGAAAAGAGGUUGACGACCGAUUUAUAUGGGACACACUUAUUGAGUAAUGUUGACAAGUGUUUCAACUCAUAUUUUUCAUUGCUAGUUGUCAAUGAAAUGGAGUAACGAAAAUAAUAGCUGAGGUAGCAAAUCUAGAUAAUUCAUGAUAGUUUGUUCUGAUUUUUAAUUAACAAAAUAUUGUGUUGACACUUUUGUAGUUCUGGAAAAUUCUGUUUUCAACGGUUUUUUGGAGCUGACACACUUGUUGACUUACUUAUAUAUCAAUAUAUACUGACACAUAAACACAUUGCUCAUAUUAUUACUUUUUGUGUUAUUGGAGUAUAUAAUGUAUCGUACAUAUAUUUAUUUUAUUAUAUCACUGGAAUCACUUGACACAGUAUUUAUGGAGUACUAUUAUUAUAAACUAGGUGUCCAAUGGGAAGGACUUUAAAUAACAUAUAUAUUUUUUGUUAUAUAUUGUCAGAUUAUUUUAAGAAAUAUGUACCCUGUAUAGAGCAAUACAAUAACUAAUGGUAUUAAAUUAAAAUGUUAUGUUUGUAAAAAAUACACACGUAAAAGAACAGGAUUUUCGACAAUUUCA